AUGAUAUCCUCAAUCCUACUCACAGGCCUGCUGGCCGCCGCCAGCACCGCCUCCGCCUCGACCAUCCCCACGAAGCGCAGCACAGGCGUGAUCCAGUGCCCAAUAAUCCUCAAUGGGCUCGUAGCGACAACCAAGACGCCGACCGACUUCGACUCGUACGCGACGAGCCCGUUCAACCCGGACUACAUCCGCGGCUCCGAGGCGUUCAGCACGACGCUGAAAUUCCCCAACGUCACCAACUCGCGCUUCGACAACGCCACCUACAAGGCCGUCGAGGUCACCAUCGACGACGCGUCCAUCUUCCAGGAGCAGAACGGGUUUAGAAGGGCCGGGCUGCAGAUCCAGGGCGACACGAACACGGACGGGCCGGGGACGACGGGCGUGCGCACUCUGCAUUGGAGCGUCAAGCAGGAUGCGGAGCGCGCGCUAAAUCUUACGCAUGAGUACUUGAAUGUCUGGCACGAGACCUCGGACUACAGUGCCAACCAGUUCAACUUCGAGGCGGGCACCAUCAUUGGCACGUCUGGCAGCGACAAAAACAACUUCAAGAUCCUGAACCGGCAGAACACCCUGGUGUGGUCGACGACCAUCGAUGCGUCGGCGUGGCAGAACUUUGCCGUCACGCUUGAUUUCGACAAGAACACGCUUCAAGUCUACUACUCCACCAGAGACGAGCCCCUCGCGGCCGUCACCACGGCCCUGGCCAACGACAACAGUGGCGACGGCCAGUACCAAAUCGGUAUCCUGAAGAAGCCGACUGGCACCUCCGAUGUCGUAAAUUCGGGUUACCAAGAGACGGGCAUUGAUGAGGGUCAGAUCUACGGCGGGUUGUUCCUCGAGGACAGCGCGAGUGGAUGUAUCUCCUUGUAG